AUGGCAAAAACAAUUAAGCCACAUGAACCAAAGACACAUUCAUUUAAUCUCUUGAGUGGACAUAGCAUACCUGCUAUUGGAUUGGGCACAUGGAAAUCUGGUUCACAAGCUAGCAAUUCUGUCUUCACUGCCAUUGUUGAUGCUGGUUACAGACACAUUGACACUGCUGCUCAAUAUGGAGUUCAAGAAGAGGUUGGAAAUGCACUUCAAUCUGCCAUGCAAGCAGGAGUGGAAAGGAAGGAUCUAUUUAUAACCUCCAAGAUAUGGUGCACUGACUUGACACCUGAAAGGGUAAGACCUGCACUCAACAAUACUCUUAAAGAACUCCAACUUGACUACCUUGAUCUUUACUUGAUUCACUGGCCAUUUCGGUUGAAUGAUGGGGCUAGCAGGCCUCCUAAAGCAGGAGAUGUGUUGGAGUUUGACAUGGAAGGAGUGUGGAGAGAAAUGGAAAAGCUUGUUAAGGAAAAUCUUGUCAAAGACAUUGGAAUAUGCAACUUCACUCUUGCUAAACUUGACAAGUUACUCAGCAUUGCUCAAAUAAAGCCUUCUGUAUGCCAGAUGGAGAUGCAUCCUGGAUGGAGAAAUAAUAAGAUGCUUGAGGCUUGCAAGAAUAACAGCAUCCAUGUUACGGCCUAUUCGCCACUGGGAUCAUCAGAUGGUGGGAGAGAUUUGAUCCAUGAUCAAACUGUUGAUAGGAUAGCCAAGAAACUGAACAAGAGUCCAGGGCAGGUGUUGGUGAAAUGGGCAAUCCAAAGAGGAACAAGUGUCAUCCCUAAAUCAACUAACCCGAAUAGGAUCAAAGAGAAUGUGGUUGUUUUCAACUGGGAAGUUCCACCACAAGACUUCAAAAACCUUAGCAAUAUACCGGAUCAGAGGAGAGUUUUGGAUGGUGAAGACCUCUUUGUGAAUAAGAGUGAAGGGCCAUUGAAAAGUGUAGAAGAUGUUUGGGACCAUGAAGAUUAA